AUGGGUGGCGUGUUAGCGGGUGAGCUGUGUUCGAAUAGGAGGCGCUGGUAUAUGCCAUGGUGGCGUUCCAUUAGGAGAAAAGUGAUCCGAUUGACUAGGCGGUCAUCGAGUAGGCCAACGAAAAUGGUGAAAUACGAUGUCCAGAGUUUUACUGUUGCAGAACUCUGCUUGUUGACAAAAAAGCAGGUUGAUAAUGGAGCAUGUCGAUCUACGAUAUAUCAGUAUGAAGGAUAUGUAAAAGUUCUCGAUGCUGAAAAUAUGUUCCAAGAACAGCGGAAGUCUAGUUAUGGUUCUCCAUCAACGUUACCGGGUUAUUGCGAUGGAGACAACGACAUGUUCCGAAUAGUAAUUGUAUCUGAAUACGAGGACCCGUUCUACUUACGUACCAUGGCUUUGCAACUGGAAGGUUGUGAAACUGAAGAUCAAAUGGAAAUGGAGAGACAAUGGCUCCAAGUAGAGUCAACUCAGUCAGAUGAGGAAAAAGAAGUUUCAGUUAUUUCGAUCACCAAAGACCAUAAAAACUCUGCACGGUUCAAUGAAGAAUCAAAGUCGAAUAACGAUGAGUCGCUUCGAGUCAAAACGAGUUCAAAAGAAAAACAAGCUAGACCGAAGUCUUCGUCGCCGAUGUCCUCUGCUUGGGUUCUGUCUGACAGAAAAAAGACACAAAGUCAACGUUCAAACGCUUCGAAAGCAGCUUUGUUCGCUGCAACACUUCAGAAUUUUCAAGCCUUUGCGCAUUCUCCACAACCUGAACGAGUGUCACCCAAAUCCUCGUAUCGUUUAUAA